CCAGCGCCCUCCGGACUCUGCCUGCAAUGCAAAGAAAACGAAAUUACACAGAAGCACACAGAUCUCUCCAUCGCGAAGAACACUGCCUCCUGCGUUCUUCACCCUCUGCAAAAUAUCUCGUCCCCUUGCGCUCGCUCGGGAAGGCUAGGGUUUCAGGGUUCUCCUCAAUCGGAAUCAGUCUGGGACUCGCCCUUCAAAUUCGCCCGGAGACGGAGCCCUCCUCCCCCGGCCCAUCCACGGCGGCCACCAUUUCUGUCCCGUUCUUCUCAAUCGGCAUAUUUCCGCUGGUUGGUUCGUGUCCAGCAUUCUGGAUACCCAAUCCCAACUAGCACUCGAUGGAGGAUCUCCCGGAGGCACUGCUGGCAGAGAUCAUCAAGAGGGUUACCAAAAGAAGUGACUUGAAUUCUCUUUCCCUUGUCUCGAAGCGUCUCUUCGCCAUCCAGGCUGAGCAAAAAGGGUCCAUCCGGGUUGGUUGUGGCCUUUGCCUUGCCACUGAAGCUUUGGUGUCACUCUUCUCCCGGUUCCCCAAUUUGUGGAAAGUAGAGAUCGAUUACGCUGGCUGGACACCUUCCCACGGGGAUCAGUUGGACAACCAUGACUUCUUUGUGAUUAUAUCUUGCUGUCCCUCUCUAACCGAUCUCACACUAAGUUUCUGUUCACAAAUCGAUGACACCGGUCUUGGUUAUCUAUGCUACAGCGAGAAAUUGACUUCCCUCAGGCUGAACUCUGCAACUGAAAUAACUUCUAGUGGACUUCUCUCGGUCGCAGUUGGUUGCAAGAGUCUGUCUUCCCUCCACCUUAUAAACUGUGAGAAAGUAGGCAGUACCGAGUGGCUGGAGUAUCUAGGCUUGAAUGGAUCGUUGGAAGAACUUGUACUCAGGAAUUGCAAUGGAAUCAGCCUGUAUGACCUCAUAAUGCUCGGUCCAGGAUGGAUGAAGCUACGUAAGUUUGAAUUUCGAAUGGGAGGAUUAUGGGAUGUUCAUGAGGGAUAUGAUCAUAUGGAAAUCGAUGGUUAGUCAUGAAGCUGACAAUUGAUGUUUCAUGCUGCCAUGAUUGUUGUUUGGCUUGUGAGCAGUUAAUUUGGGGAAAAUUGCCAGGGAGAAGAAUGAGAUUUCGAGGGUCUUCUAGUUGAUUAUUUUUAGGGAAAACUUUGUUUUUGCCACUCUAGCUUUUGCCCACUUUGCUUAUGCCACUCUAGAAUUUGACAUUUCACUUUUGCCACUCUUAGCUUUCGACAAUACAUCACUUUUGCCAUUCUGUGGCAAAAGCAAAAUUCUCAAAGUGGCAAUUGUGAUACAUCGCAAAAGCUAAGAGUGGCAAAAGUGAAAUGAAAAAUUAUCAUUUUUGCCAUGGAAUGGCAUUUGUGAUGUAUUGUCAAAAGCUAAGAGUGGCAAAAGUGAGAUGUCAAAUUCUAGAGUGGCAUAAGCAAAGUGGGCAAAAACCAGAGUGGCAAAAACAAAGUUUUCCCUUUUUUUAUUAAGAUGUCAUGCUGUAAUAUCUGUCACCAAGAGACUUAACACAACAAAUUAUUGGAGCUUUCAUCAAUUAAAACAUCAACAUCCUGGACCAUUACACUGGAAAACAGUACAGAAAUGCCGGCCAUGCAGCUUGCCGGUACUUUGUCCCUUGUUAAUUCAUGUUACUUUUCUGGAACAAAUGUAAGAUGGCAUGGUCUGUUGUUCUGCUAUGGUGGAAUUCAGGAUCCUAUAUCAGAAGAAUUUACUAGAGGACUGUUGAUCACUUGUUUCCACAGAUUAUUCCAGAUGCAGAAGUAAACUCAGAAGAGAAAGAUGACAGGAUGUUAGCAUCUUCAAAUGGUAUGGGGUGCACAGCCCUGAAAGUAUGGAAUUAGUAUACACUAGGUGGUUUUCGCAUGUUACUUGAAGGCUAUCAUCCUUUAUGGAGCAGUCUACUCUCGGAAGUGGCAGGUGCUCACGGUCUUCAUCAGCUAGUUGCCCAUGGGGUCAGUGGUGAAAUGUAGCUGAAGAAAUCUCUCUGUAUUCUGCAAUUGGAUGAAAUUUGGGCAGCCAUGUGGGUCUCAGAAGGCAAAACAAAAAGCUAUUGAGAUGAUGCUUGAUAAGUUAUUGCAAACUUUCACUGUGGUUUGCAGCUGUUAUGCAGUAUAGACAAUAUAAAAAUAUCCACUGGGGAAAAUAUAAUCUGCUUACUUAGUGUAAACUAAAUUAAUUGCUAAUUGCUCUAUUGCUGUACUAAUUCCUAGUUCAAAUUGGAUCUUCAUCCUGACAGGAAAUUUCAGAGUGUUUUUUUUAAAACAAUGUUAGAGUGUUUUAUUGUAUUUGCCCAUCAUUUCUGUAUGUCAUAAUAAAUGAAGUUGCCCAAAUGAGAGGUUGAUUUUAUGA